AAGAAGAAGCAGCAGGAGGGUGUCACAUUUCUGAAUUCAGAGUUUUCUGUGCUGGAUUUGAGUCUGAUUUGAUCCAGUUGUGGAUUAUUAAUCAGCUUUUAAUACACUGAUGUCCAGCGUGUCAGAAUGUUUGCAGAGCUGAACAGUAUCCUCAACACCAGCACAGAAGAUGUCAGACAGAGAGAAUUCAUCCUGCUGUCAGACAGGCAGGCAGAUGCUUCAUUUCUCGUCCAUCAUUACCUGAGCUUUUAUUUAAAAGCUCGUUGUAAGGUGUGCUUUCUGGGUUUGGUGCAGUCCUUCAGCCACUACAGCGCUGUGGGUCAAAAACUGGGGGUGAAUCUGGUCCAGGCGAAGGAGAAAGGGCAGCUGGUGUUUUUGGAAGCACUGAAGGCUUCUCCUGCGGUCCUGCUCAACGAGAGCACCGGUGAUCAGUCACGACCGUUAGAUUAUCUUAGGGGCGCUCCCACAGAGCUCCGGUCUCUAUACGAGUACGUGUCGAGCUCACUGAGUCAGUGUAAAGCCGAGGGAGAGUCCUGGUCCCCCCCUGUGCUGAUCAUCGACGAUCUGAGCGUGUUACUCAGCUUAGGCCUGAGCGUCCGAGCCAUUUUGGACUUUGUACAGUACUGCCGGGCCUCCGUCUGCUCCCAGUCACAGGGCUCUAUUGUAACUCUGGUGCGUUGUGAUGAUAAUGAUGAUGAUGAGGACGAUGGUGAUGAUGAAGGCUCCGCCCGUCUCCUGCGAGCUCUGACCCAUCAGUGCACUUUAGCUCUGCGUGUGGAGGGGCUCAGCACCGGCUACUGCAGAGACAUCCACGGCCAGGUGGAGAUUUGGUGGAGAGGAACAGGGGAGGCCGUUCAGGCGCGGCGGAAGAUUUUCCAGUACAAGCUUCAUGAUAAAGGUGCAUCGUUCUUCGCACCAGGGACCUCCAGUGCAGUGCUUUAACCCUUCCCAUCAAAAAAUCGGUGUUUUUGUGUCUUUUAUCUGGACCUGACAUGACUCGCCUGGCUCUGUGCUUCCCCAUGUUAUAAAACUAUAAACAAAUAUUAUGUUACAUUUUAUAAAAAACAUAUUUUGCACUUAAAGGAUUUGUGGAAAAGCGUAAAAAACAAGAAACACCCAUAAACUCGUUAAACGUCUGUGUUUAGCUUUCCACGAGACAGACAGGACUCAUGGGAGGGUGGCACACAGGGAGCCACUGAUAACCAAGAGAAACACGUCGUCCUCAACUUUUCUUUGAACAGACGAACUUUAUAGACUUGUCAAGGCUACAUUAUUUUAUAGGGAGAACAUUAAAACUGCAGUUUAUCAUGGUGA